UGUCUCCGCGUCGCUGGGUGGGACUUGGCUCGGUGGCCAUGGGCAAGCAGAACAGCAAGCUGCGGCCCGAGAUGCUGCAGGACCUGCGGGAGAAUACAGAGUUCUCAGAGCUGGAGCUGCAGGAGUGGUACAAGGGCUUCCUCAAGGACUGCCCCACGGGCAUCCUCAACGUGGAUGAGUUCAAGAAGAUCUACGCCAAUUUCUUCCCCUAUGGUGACGCCUCCAAGUUCGCGGAGCAUGUCUUCCGCACCUUUGACACCAACAGCGAUGGCACCAUCGACUUCCGGGAGUUCAUCAUCGCGCUGAGUGUGACCUCACGUGGCCGCCUGGAGCAGAAGCUCAUGUGGGCCUUCAGCAUGUACGACCUGGAUGGCAACGGCUAUAUCAGCCGUGAGGAGAUGCUGGAGAUCGUGCAGGCCAUUUACAAGAUGGUUUCGUCCGUGAUGAAGAUGCCGGAGGACGAGUCGACCCCGGAAAAGAGGACUGAGAAGAUCUUCCGCCAAAUGGACACAAACAAUGACGGCAAGCUGUCCUUGGAGGAGUUCAUCCGCGGGGCCAAAAGCGACCCGUCCAUCGUGCGUCUGCUGCAGUGCGACCCCAGCAGCGCCUCCCAGUUCUGAGCGAGGAGCCAGGUUUCCCCUCCCUGCCUUCACUGGCCCUCUCCCGGCUCUCAGCUUCCUCGCCCUUGUGUCUGUCCAGGCUGGGGGUCAGAUUGCCACCCCCAGGGUCUGUACUCUGAGGGGCCUAUGAAGAAAGGAACCCUGCAGCCCGCCCCAAGUUCCAAGCCAGCAAGUGGUUAGCACCCUCCAUCCAGGAGGCAAUAUCUCCCUUCGGCAAUGAUAAAGACACAGGCGCUGGCUUGGUCUGCCUCUCAGUCAGCCCUCCCUUACC